AUGGCCGAUCGCGAACCGCGGCCUAUGAGCCGCGACCCGCGAGGCCGCUCCCGCGACGCCUCGGGAUCGUCGUCCCGGAGCACGACCUCAUCGAGGUCCAGCUCCCGUUCGGCCCCCGAACGCGUGCACCGCCUCUCCACCGCCGAAUCCAGCAGCGGCGGCGCGGAUACCGCCCAUGGCCGGCAACCGUCGACAUUACCGCGGGGUAGUGAUGUCACACCCCCGCCCCAAUGCACGACGAUGCCCCGCCACGAGUCCGGGGUCCCGCCCCGCCCUGCCGAGCAGGAUUCGGCGCUUACCCAGCGCUCCCAGCGCCUGACCGCCGAGAGUGGUGGCCCUCGCCACCCCCCGGCCCACCCCGUGCGACGUGACGCCGCUACCGCGGGCCCGUCCCGCGCUCCCGAUGGUGCAUCCCGCCCCUCGCCGGCUUCCCCGCCGCGAGACCCACGCAGGAAUGUUGCGCAGGCCCCGCCGCGUGACCCCCGCCCCGCGCAGGUUUCCCAACCGCGCGACCCCCGCUCAUCGCAGGCUCAGCAGCCGCGUGAGCAACGUCCAGCGCAAGCUCCGCAAAGGCGUGAGCAGCGUGCCGCUCCAGCCUCACCGCCGAGGCACACCCGCCCCGCGCAGGCGUCGCCCCCGCGCGACCUUGGCCCCGUGCGCACCUCGCCUCCGCGCGAUAGUUUCGCCGCGGAGCCGCGAGCGGCGCCACCAUCGCAGUCGUGUGGCGACUGGCGACAGUCACAUGGCUGCACCCCCCGCACCUCAGGCCCCCUCCCCCGCGCUGGCCCAUAG